CAUUACUCACACAUCGCAAAUCAAAUCCGUUGAAAUUUCACAAUUCUCUCAGAAAAAUGUCAGGAAGGGGCAAAGGCGGCAAGGGUUUGGGAAAGGGAGGUGCAAAGCGCCACCGUAAGGUGCUGAGGGAUAACAUUCAGGGUAUCACGAAGCCAGCGAUUAGGCGGUUGGCUCGCCGUGGAGGAGUAAAGCGUAUCAGUGGUCUUAUUUACGAGGAGACACGUGGUGUCCUCAAGAUCUUCCUUGAGAAUGUUAUCCGUGAUGCUGUGACCUACACUGAGCAUGCUCGCCGUAAAACUGUGACGGCCAUGGACGUUGUGUACGCCCUCAAGAGGCAGGGGAGGACGUUAUAUGGCUUUGGUGGUUAAAUAGCUAGGUAUGGUUGGAGAAAUUGGGUUUGGGUGGUGGUGACGUUUUGUAUAAAUGUGGGAUCUUGUUAGGGCAAGGAUGCUGUAUUAGGUUUUAAAUGAUUGUACUUUGAUCUGUCUUAGAUCCUUUGUCCGUUUCUUCAGUUAAUGAAAUUCUGUUUCUAUUAUUUUA